CACCAAUCACUACAAAGCGACUUGUAUAUAUAGAACUCCUCCAGAAGAAAAUGCGAGUGUUUGACCUUCGCCAUUUGAGCGAUCACUGCCUAAGAAAAUAGCUGUCCGAAGGAAUUGCAAACCCUCGGAAUCUUGCGUCCUGUCCAAACGGCAUUGAAGAGCCGCCAUUGAAACAGAGAGCAUUCAAUUGAAGUUGAAGCUUUUUUGAUUUGACUUUUCCUCCGUGUAAAAUAUUGAAAUAAUGUGGAGUUUGUAUUACGGUACCUUUUGAAGUCAUGUUCAGCUUCUCACAAUCAAAUUCGAUUAAUGGGAAGUCAAAGAUCAACCACUAGCGAGUCUACCUCACAAUAAUUGCGCUUUUAGUUUCGCAGUUCUAAUCCAUUUCGCCAUUGACUGUUGAUCCCAAUUUUGUUAGGGUUUUUUCGAGGUUGAGUUAUUGGAGUUGAACUUUCAUCCAAUUUCUCUACAAGAAAGCUGCUCAUGGAUUCAUUUUUGUGGGCAUUUCCUGAUUCCAAGAAUGGAUAUGAAUGCAAUCACGGGUCUGUUUCAGCCUAUUCAGAUUCUAAUGUUGUCAAAGGAUUCCAACUCAAAGACACCUCCCUAGAUUAUAAUGUUGUGGAUCUUCCCCUGACUUCAAAUGUUUCAGACCCUGUGAUUCACUGCACCGAUGUAUCCAACAGAUUGGACAGAGAUUCUGCUGACGAAAAUGGCUUCUCUGAUGCUGUUUUGAGGUUCGUAAAUCAGGUAUUAAUGGAAGAUGAUUCAGAGGAUAAGGACUGCACAAUCCAGGACUCCACUCUUCAUGCUGCUGAGAAAUCCUUCUACGAAAUACUUAAUGAGAAAUAUCCUUCAUUGCCCAGUCAGCCACUGCACCAUGAUGAUCCAAGCAGCAGCUCAGAUGAUAGCAUUACUCACUGUUGCAGCAAUUGCAGUGGCAGCUCUAUCAGUCCUAACAACUCCAUUGAAUCAUCCAUGAUUACAGAUCUCCACAAGUAUGAAUCUUCUCAAAUACAUAACCCUUAUAUUGACCACACCUUACCGACCAAUUCACAAUCAUUCUGCUCUUCUGGCUCCUCUGGUCAUACUGGGCUAGUGGAGUCUCUUUUGAAUCCGGUUUUGGAGAGUCGAUCUAGUUGGCAAUUCAAUAAGGGGAUAGAGGAAACAGUGAAGAUCCUAUCCCUGGAAAAGAAUGGGAACUUGGUCGAUCAAUUCUAUAGCGAAGCAUCUAAAAGUGGAAGUAGUUUAACAUAUUUUGAGAACCAGGGAUUAACCCAUCCUGUAUCAAAGGAAAAAGUUUUGAAAGUAAAACCUGAUCCGGAAAAGGAUGAAGUGGACUUGCCAGAUAGUAGUUUGCUGAAGGGAAGAAAAAAUCAUCACCGAGAGGAGAGUGAUUUAGAAGAAGGAAGAAGUAACAAGCAUUUGGCCGUCUAUACUGAGGAGUCUGUUUUACAUGAGAUGUUUGAUAAGGUAUUGUCCUUGUAUGGUAACAAUGCUGAGUCUGGAUUAAAUCCUCGUGAUGGUGGUGCCUUUCUAAAUGGUUCAAGUUGGGAGUCACAGCAAAAUGAGCUAACAAAAGGGUUGAAUUGUGAAAUGAUCUACGCUAAAAAAGGGGUUAGCAAAAGGGAAGCAGUUGAUAUGAGGAAUCUUCUGAUACAAUGUAUGCAAUCUGUAGCAAACAAUGAUCACCAGAGUGCAAGAAAACUACUGAGGCAGAUAAGGUGGCGUUCUUCUCCUCGGGGUGAUGGGUCCCAAAGGAUGGCGCAUUACUUUGCCAACAGCCUUGAGGCACGCUUGGUCGGUACUGGGAGUUUGGAAAAUAGAGCCCUCGCUGCCAGUAUGUCAUAUGUUGAUGUUUUGAAAGCUUAUAAGUUGUUCCUCUCAACAUUCCCUUUCAUGGAGUCAUCACAUUUCUUCGCAACCCAAAUGGUUAUGGAACAGGCUGCCAAAGUAACAAGUCUUCACAUUAUUCAUUUUGGGGCUAUGUCUGGUGUUCAAUGGAUACCCCUUAUUCAGCGUCUCUCAACAAGAGCGGGUGGAUCUCCCAAGCUUCGCAUCACGGGAAUAGACUUUCCACAAGUGGGUUUCCGGCCAGCUGCAAGGGUCAACGAAACAGGAAGUCGCUUGGCAAAAUAUUGUGAGAAGUUCAACGUUCCAUUCGAGUACAAUGGCAUUGCACAAAAAUGGGAAACUGUUAAUGUCGAAGAUCUUGGAAUCGAGAAAGAUGAAUUGCUUGUUGUGAACUGUUUGUACCAUCUUAUGCACAUACUUGACGAAACAAUUAUGCAGCAUAGUCCUCGCGAUGCUGUUUUGAACUUGAUUUUGAGGAUUAACCCAGAUAUUUUUAUACAUGGAAUAGUUAAUGGGAACUACAAUUCCCCCUUUUUUGUCUCAAGGUUCCGUGAGGCUCUCUUCCACUUCUCUGCAUUUUUUGACAUGUUGGAGGCUAAUGUGCCCCGUGAAAAUCAUGAGAGGAUGGUUUUCGAGAGGGACAUAUGGGGGAAGGAAAUUCUGAAUGUCGUAGCGUGUGAAGGAUUAGAGAGGACAGAAAGGCCAGAGACGUACAAGCAUUGGCAGAUUCGGAUGCUGAGGGCUGGCUUCAAGCAACUUCCUCUGAACCAGGAGAUCGUGAAACAAAUAAGGACUAGGGUGAAAUCAAACUACCACAAGGACUUUUUUGUGGAUGAUGCUAGCCAGUGGAUGUUAAGUGGGUGGAAAGGACGAGCACUCUUUGCUCUCUCCUGUUGGAAGCCUGCCUAGUAUUUCUGCAAAUCCGCUUAACAAUUCUCAGCAGAGGUCGGUGAUGACUGUAUAUAAGUUUUUAUCCUCUGGGCUGUGUUUGGAUUUUGAAUUUGUGGAGGGAAAAGUGAAUGAAAUAAAAGCUGGGUUUUUUUUUUCUUUCUUUCACAUAUCCCAUUCAUUUUCUUUUCUCUUGACAAAUCUCCCACAAAUUCAGAAUCCAAACACCGGGUUCAUGUUUGUUGAGUUGGAUUUGGUUUAUAAUGACCCAGAUAUUUUAUAGCCUCAGCAAAAUUUUGUAUGGGUACAUAGGUUAAACUUCCAUUCUAUGUUGAUAAUUGUAGCCAUAAAACAUGUAGCUGAUUUCCAUCAUGUUUAACUUCUUGUUAUCAUCUGAUACAAAUGACACUGGUUUUGGGUUCUUGGGAUGUGUCUUUGUCCAAAUAUAUUUGAAAGCAAGUUGCUUUCUUUUAGGAAGAACAUGGUCAAGCAUGCAAUCAAUUCUGCAUUUUUUUC